AUGUGUUCUAACAAAGGACUCAUGCUAGCAUGCCAAUCAGGAAAUGCAGCAGGUGCAAAACAUUCUAGAGGCUCCGAUAUUUUCGUUAGAAGUGAAAGGAUUGAUUCUUGCGCUGAAUUUUUGAUAUUAGCAAGCAAUGGCAUAUGGGAGGUGAUGAAAAACCAAGAGGCUGUGAAUCUGAUCAGUCACAUAGAGGAUCCACAAGAAGCAGCUGAAUGUUUGGCAAAGGAAGCUUUAAUUAGGAUGACCAAAAGCAACAUCUCAUGCUUAAUCAUUCGCUUUGACUGA